UUUGAAAUUGGCUUUGGCCUCUCUAUCUAUCUACAAAUCUACAAACUUUGGUCCUAAAGUGCAGCGUAGACUCUAAUUUCACAUUUAUAACUAUACACAUACAGUGUGCUUAGUGUAUUUUCCCAAGAAGACACAUAGAAAAGUGUUAUCGCUCUGCCCUUCCUGUCUCUGUCUUUGACCGAAGCCAAACCAAGGGGAAGAACCCUUCGCAGCUUUCGGCGCUCUUUUUCUUUAAUCUCUAUUUUCUUUCCCUCCACUCUUCACACAUUACUUCUUCUUCUUUCUUUUGUUUUCUGUACCCAUUAUCACCCUACAUAUUCCAUUAUUUUAUACAAUUAUUACCUUAAACUAAACAAAAAACAUUAAUUAUAUUUAUGUUUAUUAUUAUAUCUUCUAUUUGUUCCUCUCCUAUGUUGUGCAAUGAACCACCCAACUGAAGUUGUUGCUUUCUAGCUUUCACUCUCUCAACGCAUCAACCAAAUCAAGUUCCAUACCUUAUUAUUAUACCCUUUUGCUUCUUUUCAGGAGAUCUGUGUGAUUGGUGUUGGACUUGCAUAUUCAGAUCGAGAGCGGAUGUGUUAUUUUCUUUUUUUUUUUGGUUAGGUGAAAUCAAGCCCACUAAUUCAUGUAUGCAUUAGAGAAGGGCAUUGAAACACUGUGAUUUCUGGUGGAGCUUGAUUAGUCAUCUUCUAUGCUGUCUUUUGUAACAGAAAAUAUGGGCUUACUCUGUAGCAGAAAUCGGCGAUAUAAUGAUGCAGAUGCUGAAGAAAAUGCACAGGCUGCAGAAAUUGAAAGAAGAAUAGAAUUAGAAACAAAGGCUGAAAAGCAUAUUCAGAAACUUCUACUACUUGGAGCUGGAGAGUCAGGGAAGUCUACAAUCUUUAAGCAGAUAAAACUUUUGUUUCAAACUGGCUUUGAUGAGGCAGAGCUAAAAAGCUACCUACCAGUCGUUCAUGCUAAUGUGUAUCAGACAAUAAAAUUAUUGCAUGAUGGAUCCAAGGAGUUGGCUCAGAAUGAUGUUGAUUCUUCGAAGUAUGUUAUAUCCAAUGAAAAUAAGGAAAUUGGAGAAAAGUUAUCAGAAAUUGGAGGCAGGCUGGAUUACCCAUAUCUCACCAAGGAACUUGCACAGGAAAUAGAGAAUCUGUGGAAGGAUGCAGCAAUUCAGGAGACAUAUGCCCGUGGUAGUGAGCUUCAAGUUCCAGAAUGUACACAUUAUUUCAUGGAAAAUUUACAGAGGCUGUCUGAUGCUAAUUAUGUUCCAACAAAGGAGGAUGUUUUGUAUGCAAGAGUACGUACCACUGGCGUUGUAGAGAUCCAGUUCAGCCCUGUUGGAGAAAAUAAGAAAAGUGGUGAAGUCUAUAGACUCUUUGAUGUUGGCGGCCAGAGAAAUGAGAGGAGAAAAUGGAUCCAUCUGUUUGAAGGAGUUUCAGCUGUAAUAUUCUGUGCUGCGAUUAGCGAGUUUGAUCAAACACUUUUUGAAGAUGAAAACAAAAACAGAAUGAUGGAGACUAAGGAACUUUUUGAGUGGGUCCUGAAGCAACCAUGUUUUGAGAAAACAUCCUUCAUGUUAUUCUUAAACAAGUUUGACAUAUUUGAGAAGAAGAUCCUGAAAGUCCCACUCAAUGUAUGUGAGUGGUUCAAAGACUACCAACCAGUUUCAACAGGGAAACAAGAGAUAGAGCAUGCAUAUGAGUAUGUGAAGAAAAAAUUUGAGGAAUCAUAUUUUCAAAGCACUGCUCCUGACCGUGUGGACCGGGUCUUUAAGAUCUACCGGACCACUGCUCUUGAUCAGAAGGUUGUGAAGAAGACUUUCAAGCUUGUUGAUGAGACCUUGAGGCGGAGGAAUCUCUUUGAGGCUGGCUUGUUAUGA